AUGGGUGCAUUGCUAUCUGAUCAGGAAGGGAUCAUUCUGGUCGAUAAAAGAAAAUACAACAUCUGGAUCAUGGGUUUGGCGAAAGCUACUGAAACUCCGUUGGGAGAACGAGGAUACAUUGCUAUGGGCAUCUCUGAAAACGCGGUAAUGGCUGAUGUUCUUGGUAAUCAUCGGAGAAGAAGACACAGGCUGAGUCUCCUAAAUGAGAUAGAAAAUGAGAUUGCACUUCUUCAAGCUGACUCCAGCCAAGAAGAAGACACACCUCUUUGGAAACAAAAAGAAGGGAAGUAUGCUAGUAUUUUCUCAUCAAAGAAAACCUGGCUACAGAUACGAUCUACACAACAGAUCUGCGAGUGGAGUAAGGGUAUUUGGUUCACGCAAUCCACACCAAAAUACUCCUUUCUUGUUUGGGUUGCUCUCCGCCAACGUCUACAGACCUAUGACAGGAUACAACAAUGGAAUGGGGUAGUUGAUGCAACUUGCGUACUCUGCAAGGUAACAAAUGAAACUUGCCACCAUCUCUUCUUUAGUUACGACUACUCAAAGCAGAUUUGGAAGGCCUUAGUCGGGGGGAUUCUUCAGAGAGCAUUUACUACAUCAUGGAAUGAGCUAAUAGAGAUCAUCUCAAGUGCAAGGAUGCCACCCACAGAGCAGUUUCUUAUUCGCUACGCUUUGCAAGCGACAGUUCAUGCGUUGUGGAAAGAAAGGAACGCUCGCAGACAUGGAGAGCAGCCACAGCCUGCAACUACCCUCAUCAAGUUUGUAGAUAAAACCAUCAGGUUUAAGUUGCUAUCGGUGAAGGGGCUGGGGCACAAAUACUUGGAAGAGAGUUUGAUCUCUUGGUUUGCUUCUAGGGAGUAA